AUGGAUUUGAAAACAAGCUACCAAAGCACCACUCUGCGUCCCAUUUAUGCGGGCUCUUCAGCCAUUGCGACUGUCUCAGCAGACGGUACCGUUCUAGCCACCCCGAUCCUAGAUGACAUUGAAAUAAUCUCACUGACUACACCACAAAGAAGAUUACAUUCCAUUGCCAAUGACGACGAACAAGAAAUCACAGCUUUGAAACUGACCCCAGACGCACAAUACCUUUCCUUUAUCUCACAAAAUCAACUUUUGAAAAUUUUCAAACUGGAUCAAGAAAAGAAGGACCAAGGUAAAAUUAUAAGAUCCAUGAAAAUGUCGUCCCCUUGUUACAUAAUGGAUUGUGACUCGACUUCAACUUUGGUUGCCCUUGGGGGUACCGAUGGGUCCAUCACCGUCGUGGAUAUAGAAAAUGGGUUCAUCACGCAUUCCUUAAAAGGUCAUGGGGCUACUAUUUCCGCUUUGAAGUUCUUUGGUCAGGCUAAUAGUAACGUUUGGCUGUUGUGUUCAGGAGAUACCAAUGGGAUGGUGAAAGUGUGGGAUUUGGUCAAGAGAAAAUGUUUACAUACUAUGCAAGAACAUUCUAAUGCGGUGAGAGGUUUGGAUGUUCGUGAAGUCGGAGAUGAAUGGCAAUUGAUAUCUGGUGGUAGAGAUAACGUUUGUACUUUAUGGAAUUUCAAUUUGAAGAAGAAAUGUACUCUGUUGAAGACUAUUCCUGUACACCAACAAGUGGAAUCCUGUGGAUUUAUCAAUCACGAGCAUGAUGACCUCAUAUAUACAGCAGGUGGAGAUGCUCUCUUACAAUUCAUAUCGUUGGAAAAGGCUACCAUGAUAAAGAAGACCAAAAAGCAUAUCGAGGAAUUAUUUAUCAUUGGUGUGUUGCCAAUCUUGGAGAAUGAUAAAAUGUAUUUGGUUAUGUCUGACCAAACAUUGGAACUGGUAGACAUAAAAUCAAACUUAUUGAAUGAAUCAUCAGAUAUUAUUGAAAUUGAAUCAUGUAUUGCAGGUAAUAAUGGUACCAUUGCUGAUAUGAAAUUUGUCGGUCCAAACCAUGAUAAAUUAGCAUUGGCUACCAAUUCACCAACUUUAAGAAUCAUCCCCGUACCAUCAUCGGAACAGGAAGAAUUACCAAUUAAUGUGGAAAUGUAUGAAGGUCAUGAGGAUUUAUUAAAUUCGCUAGAUACAACAGACGAUGGUCUUUGGAUGGCUACAGCAUCAAAGGACCAUACUGCGAUAGUAUGGAAAUAUAACUCAAUCAUCAACAAAUUUCAACCAUAUGUAAAAUUCAUUGGUCACUCAGCUACAGUUACUGCGGUGGGAUUACCAAAUGUCAUGUUAAGAGGUUAUCCAGAAUUCUUACUUACUGCAUCUAAUGAUUUAACAAUUAAAAAAUGGAAAAUUCCCAAACCAUCAACCACCGUCGAAGAAGAUUGUCAAAUUGUUAAAGUAUCUGAAUAUACACGUCGUGCUCAUGAAAAGGAUAUUAAUGCUUUAGCCAUUUCGCCAAAUGAUUCAAUUUUUGCCACUGCUUCAUAUGAUAAGACAUGUAAAAUCUGGGAUCUGGAAAAUGGUGAAUUAACUGCUACAUUAAGUAAUCAUAAACGUGGGUUAUGGGAUGUAGCAUUUUGCCAAUAUGAUAAAUUGAUUGCUACUUGUUCUGGUGAUAAGACUAUAAAAAUUUGGUCAUUAGAUACUUUUUCAGUAAUGAAAACUUUAGAAGGUCACACCAAUGCUGUGCAAAGAUGUAUGUUUAUCAAUAAACAACUACAAUUAGUUAGUAGUGGUGCUGAUGGUCUUAUUAAGAUUUGGGAUUGUUCCACUGGUGAUUGUUUAAAGACUUUAGAUGGUCAUGAUAACAGAAUUUGGGCUUUAACUGAAAUAAACGAUGGUGAUAUGAUUGUCAGUGCUGAUGCAGAUGGUGUAUUCCAAUUUUGGAAAGAUUGCACAGAAUUGGAAAAAGAACAAAAUCUGGAAUUGGAAAAGGAAAAAGUGGAAAAGGAACAAACUUUGAAAAAUUAUUUAUUAAAUGAAGAUUGGACCAAUGCAUUUUUAUUAGCACUCACUUUGGAUCAUCCAAUGAGAGUUUUCAAUGUGCUAAAACAAUCUUUAAAUGCUAGAAAAGCAGGUUCUGAAGAACAGGGGAAAAUUACCAUAUUUAAUGAAGAGUUAGACAAUGUUAUUGGAACUCUUGAUAACGAGAAGUUACUACUGUUGUUGAAGAGAUGUAGAGAUUGGAAUACCAAUGCUCGUUCACAUAAAAUCGCACAAUGUACCAUUAGAUGCAUCUUACUUACUCAUAACAUUGCUGAAUUGAGUGGAAUACCGGGUCUAGUACAGACUAUCGAGAGCAUAAUUCCAUACACACAAAGACAUUUCACUAGAGUGGAUAACCUUGUAGAACAAAGUUAUAUCCUUGAUUAUGCCCUUGUAGAAAUGGAUAAAUUGAUUUAA